GCACGAAAAAAUAUAUAAAAAAGCAGAAAAAAGUAUUUUUUUAUUAGUUUUACAAAAUUUCUUCAAAAGUCUUAUGUUUGCAAUCAGAAAAAAAAUUACUUAAAAAAAUAAAUCAUAAUCCUACAAGAAAGAGGCCUUUGAGUGAGGCGAGAUGAAGAAAAUUAGGUUUUGAGAUCUUUCUUGAAACUCUGGUUCCCUGUUAACAGAAAAGUGCUGAGACCACCUGAAACUAGUUCACAAAAUACAAAUCUCCAGCGCAACACACGCCUGAGGCUGAAACCCGCGCCUUGACCCAGGGAAGGCUGCGUAGCCCCCUGCUCGAGGACGCCGUGUGUCUUCGUGAACCAGGAGUUGGGCCCCAGGAACUUCCAAGAUUCCUUCUUGUCCAGGUGAGGCCAUAUUUGAAAGUUCGCAGGGAAAUUUGGCCGACUUAUUUGAGGGAUUCCUUGGGUCGUUGGAUUCUGGUGACCCCGUCAGCGGCAGGGGGCGAGGGAUCUGCUGGGCAUUGUGAGGUCACCGUUGGGGUUUCCUGGGCAACCCAAGCGCGUAGAGGGCGCCUGUGGGCACAUUGCCCGGAGAGGACGCGAGGGUCCCUUUGGAGUCCUGGAGGCGGCAGCGUUGUUGUCCAGCCCGACAGUUUCCGAGAUGUGGGCCCCGCGCUCCGAAAAGAGGCCUGCGCGGGCCACGGCGGCUCCCCGGUUUGGUGGCCCCCGGCGCGGCGGCGCGCAGCAUGAGCUGCUGGAGAAGGCGGCGCGCCUGAAGCGGGGCCCCCCUCCGCGCGGGGAGACGGAGGCAGUCGGGCGGCCUGCGGUGGCCGGCGACGGCGGCUCCCGCUCGGGCUGCUGGUGCUGGCGGCGGCUGUUCCGCGGCCCGCGCAGGACGAAGCUCAGGCAAGCUCACGCGCGCGCAGGCAAGGCGGCCCCGGAGCGCGGCCUGUGGGGCCCCUCGAGCCUGCAGAGGCUGCUCCAGAGGCUGGCGACGUGGAGGCGGCGCUACCUGCGGCGCAAGGAGCGGCCGGACCGGCUGGAGGAGAUCCCGCUGCUGGCGCUGGACCGCGCGCAGGGCGGCCACGAGGCCGCGGCCGGGCCCCAGAGCAGCGCCCCCGGGCGGCCCGCACAGGCCGCUCCCGCCCGCCAGCCCCGCCGCGGGUCAGCCACGAGGAGCCGGCCCCACUUUGCGCCCCCUGUGCACGCUCAGCAUUGUUUUUAUUAUUUUGGUCAACGAAAGCAAUAAAUGAAAGUAAACCCA